CGAUUGUUUGCAAACGCGAACCAGUGCUCAAGCGCUCAAGCUUCGACAGUUGGCACUUGGCUGCCCCUACGACUUGACUGACUGUAAGCCUGUCGCAAGCUCGUGGAACCCUGAGAAUUAAAAAAUAGCGGCCCAUUGAUUCUGACAAAAGAGCACAACUGAACGUGUCUCACUUCCUCGUAUCUCAUCUUGGACGGAAAGGCACAUGAUAAGAACUGCUUCAUUUUUUUUAGGGAUAUUCAUCUGUCUCUUGAAAUUCAUGCUGCCAGUACGAGCCUCAGAAUGUGUCUCAGGAAUGCAUACCGGCUCGUAACUUCUUAGUAUGGGAGCUACCCCAGCUUCUUCUCUCAAUUACAGCUCCCAUUGUGCUAUAGGCUCCUGCCAUUACUGCACAGUAUAAUUCAAGCAGACAGCUCGAACUAGCGAAGAGCUAUUUCACAGGCGCCGCUGCAGUAACUUUCGGAUCAAUAUCCACUGGUUCAGGGUUCAACAUCCAUCUCGGAGCUAUGCGCAGAGCGGUGAGCUAGCAUGUCUAAAUGUACCGUGGCACGUCAGCAUCGUCACAAUUUUGUCCAUACUGCACACCCGCACCACUACCUCUCGGGCCCAACAAUACGUCGCUCUUAGAUAUCGGCGUUUUCGCAACUCCGGGCCACGUAUUCAAACCGUUCUAAGUUUGCUUCCAAGCAUCUUCCUACUUUCAUUGUAUUGAGAUGACUGCAGGCUGCUCAAGCUGUCUUAUUUGAAACACUUUAGGAAACUAUCACGUCAGCUUGUCCCAUUGAGGAGUGAGGACACGGUAUAAAAGCAGUUCAUCUCAACAGGUUUUCCUUAGCCAACCUUGGAAGCGAGGCGCAUUGAUACAAGACCCACAUUCUAUCAAUCUCGUUCGCGACUAUUGAAACCCGUGCUUACAAUGACAACCUUCGCUUUGUUCGCGUUCCUACUCCUGGGUGUCUCUCAGUGCUUGUCCCCGGUCGCAGCCGUGGCCGUUCGAACUACACGAUCUCCUCUUGCCGCACUUCACGCUCCCUAUGACAAAGGUGCUGCCUGGAUCACCAAAGACGAUCAAUACAUUCGAAUUGAACUAGCUGCCAACGGUCGCGAUUCACUCGUCGGCAGCCCCAAGAACAUCCGGGCUCACUGGAAGUCUAUUGACAAGAUUGGAUUUGAUAGCGUCGAUGCGUUUAUCCCCCUCAACGACGCCAGCAUUGCAUGGGUAUUUUCGGGUGAGGAAUACGGAAAAAUCAAGAUCGCGGGCAAUGGACAAGACACAUACGUCCAUGGCCCAUCGUCCAUCGUCAAGGGAUGGAAGUCGCUCAAUCAGGCGGGAUUUAACAGUGUUGAUGCCACUCUGAUCAAACAUGACGAUCAGAAUGUGGCUUGGGUCUUCCUGAAUGACCAAUACGUGACAAUCAGAUUUGAUGAACAAACUGACUCAGUGAUAUCUGGACCACACCCCAUUGCCGGGCACUGGAAGUCGUUGACUGAAGUCGGCUUUGUGAACUUCAUUGAUUGGAUCCUUGUCGACCCGAACAAUGCGGAAGCUGCAUACUUCUUCAGCGGCGAAAACUAUGUUCACAUUAAUGUUGUAAAUGAUGUGGUUCUGGGCGGAGGCGUCCGCAACGUAGCGAGUGCAUGGCCUUCGCUUGCUCAAGCCACUUUCUACUGAGCCAACAACUAGGAUCACACUUCCGUUUUCCACUUUCCUUAUGUGUGUGUUCUAUCUAUAUGAUGUCGCUUUUCCCAGUGAUGUCGCAGGCUUCGUGUUGGUGUACGUCGCUAUUAGAAUUCCGGAGUGUGCGAGUAGAACUUAUGAUGUUGCAUCAAUUGAUUUAUUGUGAGCCCUUGCACUGGGUACCCCAUAUAUUCAUAUUAGAGAUGAAGUAAGGUAAUGUAGAAAUAUGUAGCCGGCAAGCAAGUGCGAACUCACAUUGGUCUAGAUUUCGGGAUUUCGGACUUACUGUAGUUCUUAAAUGAUAGUCUACUUUCUCGUGG